GUUAAUCACGGAAAUGUUUUCUCCUUCUAAAGCCCAUUCCUCUCUCGCACACAUUCAGUUUCUUCUCAAACAUUUUUCUCAUUUUCUACCUCCUCCUCAUCAAAAGCAACUUGCCUUUCUGCUAUUUCUAGUUUUUCCCACUGCAUGUCCCUCUCUCUCUCCCUCACUCUCUCUGCUUUUUUCUCUCACACCCUCCCUCUUUCCUCUUCAUCCUCCUUCGACAGACAGAAUGCUGCAGCAUCCACUGAGUAAGGUAGCGUGUGUGUGAGCAAGAGUCGGGUAAUUUUUGCUACCUGCUCUGCAGCUAAAGGGAUCUGUUCUCCCAUCAGUUCUCUGCUAUUGGAUAUACCUGGAGAAUACACAGAGAAUAGAAAGGGUGAUUUAAAGGCAGCAAAAUACUGACAGAAGGAGGCAACCAUGGCCCGGCUGAACUGGUGUCUGGCAGCAGUGAUAAGCUGGGGGAAGUUCCUCUUCUCUUGUUUCUUUCCAUUGAGAGCAGCUAGGAGGGAUAAGCCAGAAGACUUUGAGGAUGUCCAUUCCCACACCUUCAAGGCUAAGACCUUCAAAAAGGCAAAGAGUUGUGCAGUAUGCAAGCAGGCUUUGACGAAAGAGGGCCUGGUCUGCAAAGUGUGCAAGUUGUCCUGCCAUAAGAAAUGUGAGGUAAAGGUAUCCACAGCCUGUGAAUCUACAACUAACAACAGUCAGGUAUCCACAAAGUCUCCCAAUAUGGACUCAAAACGAAGACCAUCCAGAAGCCUGAGUCUGGUGCAAACAAUGGAAGAAAUUAAUGAGGUGGACCUGGUCUACAUCACAGAACGCAUCAUUGCUCUGUCCUUUCCUGGUGGAACAGAGGAGCAUAAAUACAGUGUACACCUGAGGGAUGUGACCAGCAUGCUUCGUUCUAAACACCAGCAGCACUAUCUACUGCUUAAUCUCAGUGAACGGAGGCAUGACAUCACCAAGCAGAACCCAAGGGUGCUGGAUUUUGGUUGGCCUGAUCAUCAUGCUCCUGCUCUAGACAAAAUUUGCAGUAUCUGUAAAGCCAUGGACACCUGGCUUAAUGCAGACCCUCACAAUGUAGUGGUACUGCACAACAAGGGAAACUGGGGGAGAACUGGUGUGGUGGUUGGUGCCUAUAUGCACUACAGUAACAUAUCUGCCAGUGCUGACCAGGCAUUGGACAGGUUUGCCAUGAAGCGUUUUUAUGAAGAUAAAGCCAUGCCCGUGGGCCAGCCUUCCCAGAGAAGGUAUGUGCAUUACUUUGCUGGUCUCCUUUCUGGGCACAUAAAAAUCAACAACAAGCCCCUGUUCCUUCACCAUGUCAUCAUGCAUGGCAUCCCUAAUUUUGAGUCUAAAGGAGGUUGUCGACCCUUCCUCAAAAUCUAUCAAUCAAUGCAGCCUGUAUACACUUCUGGAAUUUAUAACGUUCAAGGCGACAGCCAUACAAGCAUCUGUAUCACCAUUGAGCCUGGCCUGCUACUAAAAGGAGAUAUACUGCUGAAAUGUUAUCACAAGCGUUAUCAAAACCCCAAUAGGGACGUGAUCUUCAGAGUGCAGUUCCACACAUGUGCAUUACACAAUUUAGCUCUGGUCUUCACUAAGAAUGACCUUGAUGAGACAUUUAAAGCAGAUGAGAGGUUUCCUGAAUAUGGGAAGGUGGAGUUUAUCUUUUCUUUUGAUCCAGAGAAAAUCAAAGGGUUGGAUCAUCUACAGAACGGACCUAGUGUCUCUGUGGACUACAACACCCAGGAUCCUCUGAUCCGCUGGGACUCUUAUGAAAACUUCAACAGGAGAUUUGAAGACAUUAAAGAUGACGUUGCUCAUUCUCAAGGUCCAGUAAACAGCAGCCUUUACGUCCAGGUUCAGAAGAAAGACUCUCUUGAGGGUAUUGUGUCUGCCAGUGGGGCUUAUUCAACUAACCGUGCUCCUCCUGUAGUUGAACACGCUCUUCCUCUUCCAGUGGCCAACCAUCCACUACCAGCUGCAGAUCACGCCCUUUCUGUCAGCAGUGACUCAGGCAACUCCACUGCUUCUGUUAAGACAGACCGCACAGAUGAUGCUCAACAGUCUUUGUCAUGCUCAGGCCCUGUGAGCCAAGUUCCCCCUGAGACUGCAAUCAGCCCUUGUGAGAACCGAGAGUUGGAACAGCUUCUGAGUGGUUCUGAGGGACCACCACAUCUCUCUCAUCAGAAUUUCCUCUCUUUUGCCAACACAAGCCCAGGGGGUGGUGUGCGGCACCUUGUGCCUGCCCAGGUCCACGUUAACGGACAAGCAGGUGCUGAGCGUGAAACUGAUAUUAUUGACGACGAGUUACCGGAAAGCCAGGUGGGAGAUAACAGUGCAGGCAGUCUUGGCACACUGUCCUCCUUUGAGGGUCAAGAUACACCAGCUGACAGAAAAGCAGUCACUGAAUCCACUGUAGUAGAAGUAGACGGACAACGUGGUACUUUCCUAGAGCGAAGGCCUAAAAAGGAGAUGCCUGUACACCAGCUUCGAGGGUCUUCAUCAGCACAUGGACUGAUAGACUACAGUGGGCAGAACGAAGGAAUGUAUCGCUCGCAGUCAUAUGGUGGCCUGGUGCUGGAUGGAGGACCCCGGUACAUGCCACAAGCUCCUGAACGUAAUACCAGCAGCCGAGAGGCAGUGCAGCGAGGGCUCAGUGCUUGGCAUCAAUAUGGUCUUGUGGAUGACCCCUUCUUUGGCUCGAAUGGUACCCUGCCACACUUCCCAACUCGUGGAGGAGGAUCACAGCAGGAUGUAGAACAGUCUAUAGAUGCCCUAAAUAUGCUCAUGCUUGACUUGGAGCCUUCACAUACACCAGUUCCCAAAUCUCAGAGUGCUCCCCCUGGUGAGAACAUCUCAGCUUUCCAACCACCUUUUGCCCAGACACUAGCCAGACCUUCUUACCAGGCUGACCAGGCCAUCUAUAGCGUCACUGGUGGCCCACCUCUCUCUUCUUCUGCCAGUUUUGGCCAGUCCUCACAAAGAUCAUCACCUGCUUACCCCAUGACUCCACUAUCUGAGCAUCAUCAAAGGGGUUUUCAGUCCCCUCAAGCCCAUUCACCAAUCUAUCAGCAAGAUCCCUACAGUAUCCGCGGAGGUUCAGUUACAACACCAUCCCCAACUUUACCCCUCCCAUCUCCAAUCAAGCCCCAGUAUGUCUACCCAGGAACUAGUGAGGUGUCUUACUCUCCAGAUCUUCAGGGCACAUUCCCAGGCCCUCAGAGAAGCUACAGCACAUCGUCAUCACCACUUCCCCCUGUUACCCUUGUAAAAGAGCCUGAGCCGAAGUCUGAGGAAGAGAUGCUAAACAUUGAGGGUCUUGUGGCCCAACGUGUGGCAGAGUACAACGCUCGCAUCCGGGGCAUCUCCAAGAGCAUGUCCAUCCGGUCCGAACAUCAUCGUUCCUAUUCCUUCUCUGGAUCCCAUUCACGUAUAGUAACCCCAGAUGAAGCCAUGCCAACUAUACGCCGACGAACCACCAGUGAGAGCCAGUACCUCAGUAGCCAAAAUGACAGUCCAGCCCUCGGGGUGUGUUCUCCAUUGAAACCUGUGUCUCCAGAAUUUGCCAACACAAUUGCAAUGAACCCAGGUGGACAACCCAAGGAGAAGCCUGUGCAUAGUUACAGGGAUGCCUUUGAGGAGAUGGAAUCAGUUCCUUUUAGUCCUACCCGCAAUAGUGGUGGCCAUUCUGGGCAGGCCACUCUGCCAGCCACAGGCCUGAAGGCCCAGAACCCUGCAGAAGCUCUGGUACAACAAAGCAGCUCAGAGCCACAUGGUUUCAUGGGGACAGGAGUCCGAGGAGGAGGAUUGAUUUCUCCAUUGCAGCAUCCAUACUCCUCUGCUUUUGAAAGACCAGUUCCUCCUGCACACACUUUCAACCCACCUCAGCCAGUUAGCAAAUCUUGUUCUGAUGGUUUUGGCAGUCAGCCUGCCUUUCCAUCAUUUCCAUCUGAGCCCAUCCGGGCUCCUCUCUUUCCAGACACCUUUACUUACCUUAACCCUGAUGAGGCCACUGUUAACAUCAUGGGUGUUCAUCAUGUUCCAGGAAGCCCCAACACACUCCACCGUACGGUGGCCACCAAUACACCGCCAAGCCCUGCCCUUCAACGUAGGUUUGGUGGUCAGAGCAGCCCUGCUUUGGGGCGACGUAUACCAACAGCCAGUGGCAGCAGUGAACCAACCACUCCCAACAGUCCUCUUUUGGGUCGCAGUGGCAAAUUCAUCCCGCCAAGUCCUGUGCUAGACCGUCACCCCUCACCUGCAGUUGCCUCUAGCCCAGAUCACAAAGCUCCAUCUAGGGGCCAGGCCACUCCAGAUGAGAGACAUGGGUCACAGUCCAGGCAAAGCACCACUUCUAUGGUUCAGCCUGGACCUGCUACCCCCACAUUUCCCCUAGAGCAAUCCUGUAGCCCCUCACUGUUCUUGCCCCUGGACAUAAGAGCGGGAUCCAUUGCAGUAAAUUCUGAAAGUUUUCCAGCAGACAGCUCAGAAAGUAGGAAAGCUCCAACUCCUACACAAUCGCCACCACAAGGACCUGAAAUCACCUCAAUAUAUGCCGAUGGACCUCCAGAUAUUAGAUUGAAUAUCAAAUUUGUUCAAGAUACAUCCAAAUAUUGGUACAAACCAGAAAUCUCCAGGGAACAAGCCAUUUGUAUUCUUAAAGAUCGUGAACCAGGAGCAUUUGUCAUUCGAGACAGUAACUCGUUCAGAGGAGCAUAUGGUUUGGCCAUGAAAGUAGCCUCUCCCCCUCCAAUGAUGCAGCAGAACAAGAAAGUUGGAGACAUCACAAAUGAGUUGGUACGACACUUCUUGAUUGAAACCAGUGCCAAGGGCGUGAGACUUAAGGGUUGUCCAAACGAACCAUACUUCGGGUGUCUGUCUGCUCUCGUAUAUCAACAUGCCAUCACACCUCUGGCUCUUCCAUGCAAGCUUAUGAUUCCUACAAGAGAUCCAAAUGAAGAGGCCUUGGAGUUAGCAACACCAACUUGUUCCACCAUGGAAUUAUUACACCAGGGAGCAGGACCUCCUAAACCUACUGAAGAUUUUUAUGCAUGUAAUGUUUUGUACAUAAACUCUGUGGAUAUGGAAUCUCUGACCGGUCCUCAGGCUGUGGCCAAAGCCAUCACUGAAACGUUUGCUGCCAAAUCUGCUCCUAUGGCAACCAUUGUCCAUUUCAAAGUGUCCAUACAGGGCAUUACACUCACCGACAAUCAGAGGAAGAUUUUUUUCAGACGUCAUUACCCGAUCAACAUGAUAACAUACUGCAAUUUGGACCCACAAGAUAGAAAGUGGAACAAAGCAGAGGGUGGUGUAGCAAAACUGUUUGGGUUUGUGGCUCGAAAACAAGGCAGCACAACUGAUAAUGUGAGUCACCUGUUUGCUGAGCUGGAACCAGACCAGCCUGCUUCAGACAUUAUCCGUUUUGUCUCCAACGUCAUGCUGAACACUCAGAAACCUUGAGUGGCUGCCAAGCAACCAUCUUGAUUUCUCCACACAAGUCUGAAUUUUCUUGCCAAAGAGGAUUUGGUUAUUCUUAUCUUAUUUUUCCAGAGUGGAUUAUUCUUUUUACAUACUGUAUUACUUUAUUUUUGUUGAAUAACUUUGGGGGUUGGGCUCUUACUCUUUCUUCUUUGUGAAGAUUUGAAAACGAUGCUGUUUUUUUAGUAAAGAUCUUGCUGAAAAGCAGAUUUUUGCAGAGUGUGCCAGGGUUAAGGUAGUAAGUGUAUAUGGCAGGGAUAAAGGUAGUCCCUCUGGCUUUCCAUAUCAGGAGGCAGAACUUUACAAAAAAAAAAAAAAAAUUU